AAACUUAUUAAAUAGAUGCUUUCAUGAGCAAUGCCCGGCGAGUUGCGAGUGAACAUCAAGUCAGCACGAGGCCUGCCCAUCAUGGAUAGGAGAAGCGAGCUAACGGAUGCUUUUGUAGAAAUUCGUUUUGCAGGAGAAGUGAAGAAGACGCCAGUGUGUCACCGAUCUUUGAGCCCAACGUGGGGUGACCCCGAGACAGGCGUUGGAUUCUGCUUCAACUUCAGUGAAGACGAACAACUUUUCGAAGAGCUUCUUUUGUUGCGAGUUAUGGAUCAUGAUACUUAUAGCGCUCAUGAUGCAAUCGGACGUGUGGACAUUGACUUGAGCAUGUUUCUCUAUCGGAGUUCAUCCCCCAACCAAAUAGCAGGCUUCUUCCCUAUAUUUGACACCAUGCAUGGUAUUAGAGGGGAGUUGUACGUGAAGAUCGAAGUCAGUCUCAUUCCGACCACCAACAGCACCACUGAUGUCGUCUUCUAUGCGUCUGCUUCAGUGCCUCCAAACUGCAAGCUAGUGACGGUUUUUGGACUGGUUGAUGAGCUGGUCGUGAAUGAGGAUCCGGAGUUCCAGCUGAUAGACAAACUGAGGACUUCUCGAACUAGCAAUGAAGUGAGAGUCAAGGUGUUUUCACAGCUGUCUGCGCAAGUCAGAAGGAAGCUGGCCUUGAAGUCUUUGGAUCUGGGAGCCAAUGCUGUUUUGGGAUACCAACAGUUUUUUGACAUUGAAGGAGAUACUGGCGUAGUAGUGCGCGGAUUUGGAACUGCCGUCAAAAGAGUGCAGGAAGUGGCCGGUCCUAAAGGUGCUGACCAGAUUGCCAAUUUAUCGUCCAGUCAACAGACACAAUCCGGGCUUACUCAUUCCAUGUACAGUGGCUCUAAUCUGAACCCAGUCCUCCCACACCAGAUGAGCAUUCCAGGGGUCAGUCCAGAUCCAAACGCCGUGUCAAGUUUGGAGGAUUGUAUGCAAAACCAGUUUGACAGUCGGAUAUACAAACACGUGGUCGAGUAUCCCUUCUUCACAUUGCUGACAUUUGAGCACGGGGGACACAACUCGGCUUCGAACCCGUACAGCUUCAUAACCUCAAUCGGGGGUCUGGUGUGUGCCCGAUCUGUGAAGCUGCUGGACCGGAUGGAGGACCCGGAGAAGAGUCUGAUGCGGGACAACUGGUGGCUGGAGCUGCGCAUCGAAAUCAAGUCUCACAUGGAGGCCUUCUCCUGCAACUGUGUGGUCGGCUACUCUGAGUACACCACUAUGUACGAAGACUUGAUGGUGCUGUCGGCUAUGGGCACUGCUGCUAAUUUGGACCCCGCCUUCUCACCCAAGAGGUCAAAUCUACUGGCCUUUUCAUCCAUGUCAAUAGAUCAUCCGGAAAGUUCGGAGCAGCUGUCUCCUCGGUCGCCUGUUCAGAACUCGGGUGGCGGCACAUCUCCUGGCGAUUCCUCCUCAAACCCAUUUGCAUUCCAAAACGCAGCUGCCCAGCAGUCGCAAAAAUGUUCUCUGUUGCAUCUGCCCUAUAAUGACGCCUCUCUUCCUUUCGCCUCCGAUGUGCCAGUGUGUGCGAUGUGUAAGGCGGCCAAAGUGCACGAUGUCCUUCUGAGCACGUGUGAGCCCCCUGCUGAUAUUGUCACUUGUGGACCCCCUGUGAUAUUGCACGCCAAUGUGGUGAAGAAAAAACGAAGGGGUCACGGGGAGACAGAGGCCGUCGAACUGAGUGGCAUGCUGUCCUUCAUUGAGCAUGAAGUGCAGCAACAGCUGCUGCACAAGAUGCAGAUGUGCAAUAUGAACUCGUGCUGGUCUGUUCGCAUCACCCUCACAGUCACCGAGAAUGCAGUGAUUGGACUGGCAGUUGGCACUGGACUGCACCUGGCUGCGCUCCCUUUUCCACACCUGGUCAAUCUACCAUCCAAAUUUCAAAGUGGAAAUGAUGGUGGACUUCGAAACGAGAUACUGAACUCGAGAAACGAAAUCAUCAACAGCUCGCAAGUGGAAUUUAUCGCUGGAGACGGUAAAGAUGCAAUCGAAGCUCUACAGGAAUCCUUGCCUAACAUUGACCUCUCAUUGGACGGCAAACAAGUCCAGGCGUCGGUAAUCAAAACCUUGGAUGAACCAAUCCUGAAUCAUCUGUAUAAGUCAGCGCUUAAGGCGAUGAACGCAAGAAGCAGUACCUUAGGCGUCUCGACGGUGCAAGAAGCUUCGGGAAACAUACCGGGGGUCCAAUCGUCGGGACAGAAUAGAGUGUUCAACAACCUGGCAAUCCAAGUAUCGCAUUGUGAUUCGUACAGAAAUACUGCGUGGAAUUCGAAUGCGUUUUCGCAGACUUUGGAUUCGGUGUUGGCGAAAUUGAAUUUCAAGUCUCGCAGGAAAAACUUGAAAAAUGUGCUGAUAAAUGUGAGAAUGAAUCUGAGCGGGUCUGACAACAUGGACGACAGUGCCAUGUUAUGCUGCACUGCCGACAUCUGCGAACCAAUAGCCACAGACCUGGACUCUCUCAUCCUGUCCAGGUCCCCGAUCCAGAUCUCAUCCCUGGCAUCAUUACCCAACUACCGAGUGGAAAAAUACAUGGGAUACAUCAACACGUUCUUUAUUCGGGAAACGACCGAUUUGCGCCAAUUCGGGUCAACGCAAGGAUUUGUGUCUUGUUGUCUGACUGAAAUUCUAACCGUGUUAAGUGCAAGAAUAGCAAACAUGAGUGCAAAUGCGCUGCUUAAUUUCAGUAUUCUCUAUUUUGAUGUGUACGAUAACAUGCAUAAAAAUCAAGCCCAAGCACUUUUGAAUGUGAGAGGCGACAUUGUUAAGCUAACUUGGUCCAGUGCGCCUCCUAGAUCCAAUUCCGACUAACUAGAAUGAAAAUUAAUUUAUUUGUACCAUGGACUUGCAUUUUGCAAAACAUAUUUCUAGAUUUGUAAAUUAUUCUUUUUGUAAUUAUGGCUUACCCUGCCUGGAUUAAAAGUUCCAAAAGAAGAUCUUCUUCUCGCAGAAACUGCUUAAAUUGUAAUUGAAUCCAUAUUGCAACAUUAUCUUAGCCUAAAUUAGAGUUAUUAUAUUUGCUUAAAACGGAGUCUUGCCAAGUAUCAAGUGAUGGCGAUAUCUGUUCUAAAACCCUAAAUUUGAUGUUCUUAAGUGAUGUCGUCCGAUGGUUGACGUAAGAAUAAUUCUCUAUUUGUCAGUGAUACUUGACUCAUAUAUGACUAAUCUAAUUUAAUGCGGUUAUUUUUAAGGUCAAAUUCAGCUGCUCAGGCAGAAUUGACAAGAUCGUUACAAAA